AUGGCGACGGGCGUCGAGGCGAUGGACCUACGGUCGAACGGGAGCGCGGGACUGAUCAUGGCGAUGGCCGUCCAGGGCGUUGCUCAGGGCGCUGCGGCGAGCGGCACAUCACAACAAGCAAUCGCGGCCGCCGUGACUGCGGCGCUACGCACGGCGUGGGCGCUUCUGGCAGGCGCCGACUCCGAGGAGGACGCCGAGCUUGCGAUGCGCUGGCAGGCCAUGCAGCCCGCUAUGCGCCAGCAGGUGCACGGCGCCCCGCUAUGCGGCGGAGCCCGCGCCAGGCGCAACGUCGGGGCACACGUCGGCCUCGGCAAGGGCGUCGAGGCCCUGCGGCAGGCCUUGGCGCGGCCGCAGCACGCCCAGCGUGGCGGGCGCUGCGGGCCCCGAAAGAAGCAGGCGGCGUCCCAGAACCACAUCGUGGACGACCCCGAGGCGCGCGAGGACGCGGGGGAGGAGGAACACCAGCGCCCCUUCGAGAAGGACGCGCGCGUCGGCCACGCCGACGGCGUCCAGAUGGAGGGCGGCACCAGCAUGGGCAUCAGGGAGCCAGACGUGGACGAUUGCAAGGGCACCGACCAAGUCGUCGGCACCCCCGAGGGCGAGGUCAACGACAAGGAGGGCGCGACGGAGGUGGGCGGGUACCCCUUCGACGUCGUGCGCCCCCUCGGGGGCGGCAGCCAGGUCAUCUCGCAGGCGACCGACGGCCCCGUUGAGGUCGCCCCCCUCUCCGAGGACGUGGUGCGCGGCCAGACCGCCGCCGAGACGGAGGCGGUGCGGCUCACCGAGCCCGUGGUGCCGCCGCCCCUCGCCUCGGGUCUACGCUGGUGGAAACAGGACGUCGGCGAGGCCAGCGCGAAGGUGCGCGAGGAUCCCGUGAUGCAGGGCCGCCUCUGCGAGGCGGCUCCCAAGGGCAGGCGGCGCUGGCAGCAGCAGGGGGGCGAGGAGGCGGCGGACAACGGUUUCGUCCUCCCCUCGGUCCUCGCCCAGAUGGAGGAGUCGGUCGAGGCCCAGCGGCGGGCCCAGGCCAGCCACGUGGAUGAACUGGCCAAGAUGCUUGCCCUCCGAGCGCAGGAGCUGACCGUGGCGUUGCGCUGCGGAGCGGUGGGCGCCGUUGACGAAGCCAAGGCGCGCUUGAGGGCGGCCGUGGACCAGCGUCGUCAGGCCGCGGCCCAGUUCGACGGCAAGAUGGCCCUCCUCGAGCAGCGGCGCGAGGCCUGGCGGGCCGAGAGCGCAGCGCAGGGCCUGCUGGCCCGAAGGGACGGCCUCGCCGGCGGCACCCCCGCCGGCGACGAGCGGAACCACUCUGACGACGCGACCCUGCCCAUCCUGCACCGCGGCCGGCGCGGAGGCCAAGAGGCGUCCCAGAGGCGGCCUCCUGUGCGGCCAGAGGCAGCGGAGGCCGCAGCGGCAGCACGCGAGCCCGCCGCCGGGGGGCCGUCCUCGUCGUCGGCGCCAGCGAGGCGGACGCGCUUCUUGAGCCAGGAGGACGCCACCUCUGCCUACGGCCCGAGCGACGCCUACAGCCCGAGCGACGCUUCCCCGGGAUCGAGUCGGAGCGGCGGCCGCCGCACCCGCCUGGGCACCGCCGCCGCCGGCGCGGUCGUGGCGGCCGCCGUGGCCGCAGGCCUCUGCCGCCUCGGCGGGGGCGGCGCUGGGCACAGGCUGCUUGGCCUCCUGCUCAGCGCCGGCACGCGGCUGGCCGCCCGGCACGCCGCGCUGAGCGAGGCGCUGGGUUACCCGCUGGUCACAGUGGCCCUCGCGAUCUCAGGCUCGCUCAGCGGCGCAUGGAUUGGCGUGCGGGCGAGGAGGCGCCAGCUGAAGCGCCUCGCCUCGCUGAGCAACCACUGCCCCUUCCAGAUCCACGGGAGCGGCACGUCGGUGGACGAGACCAUGACCCGAAGAUGCAGUUUCUGCAGAGCAACUACGUCGCCGACCAUGUGCAGUCCAGCGCCAAGUGCGUGA